AACAUGUAAAAGAAAUUGAAUCCUCCAAAUAAUCAAAGAGUCUAACUGUGCUGUGUAAUCGCUUUGCUACCAAAUUUUAUCGUUUUCAAGUUUCAACCAUGUGAGGACGUGUCAAUGCAAUCCUGCGACUUCUAAAAAUCUUCCAAUCAGAGAGGCCCCUCAAUCCUUCACAUUUACUAGCAAAAUAUGUUACCCGUGCUCUGUAAUUGCACCGGCUGCUCUAAAAGCUCCAGCUAAAGAUGCCAAUUCACCAAAGAGAAAUGAAGCCAUUCCAUGACCGCCAGAUUAAAUUCCCAUGUUCAAUGCUAAACAUAUUGGCCCCAAAUCUACAGUAACGCCUAUAAUAACUGUUCCCUUGCUAUUCUUCCUCUUCCUCCUCCUCCGGUGUGUGCUCUGGAAAAACUUGCUGCGCGGUCCACACGACAGAAAAAUGGCUUCCGACAGCAACCGGAAGGCUCCCUGCGGCAAGCCUCAGUUCCUCAAGGUGCUCUUCACGGACUUCAUGGAGAAGAUGCCGAUCCCGGCCAAGUUCAUGCGGCGGCACCUGGCAGCGGAGCCCGGGCUCCGGCGGGCCACCCUGAUGAGCCCGUUGGGCAAGUUCUGGCAUGUCGACGUGGUCCGAGACGGCCACGGCGGCGACAGCGACGUCUACUUCGCCGGCGGCUGGGCCGAGUUCGUGAGGGCCAACAGGCUGGAGGAGGAGAACUUCCUGGUGUUCAAGUACGAAGGGAACAUGGUGUUCACCGUGAAGGUGUUCGAGACGUCCGGGUGCAUCAAGAACUACGACGACCUUGUCUUCGCCGGCGCAUUGUUAGAGCAGGCAGCACCGAGGAAGCGGUCCAGCACUGGCUGUGGAUCGCAGCCUACCUCCAAGGGCCAUGGUGGUACACAUGCUCAGAAAACCAGGAAGGUCAGUGACAGGAGCCUUACCGGUGAUGGUGCCAUACAGGCAAAGAAGCAGUACAAACCUCGCAGGAUUCUGAUGGAAGAAAAUGAUGGCGAGCAAGAUGCCACCACAGAGAAGUACGCCCAAGCGGACACCCACUCCGGCAUCGCAACGGAGGCCAAGGAGUCUGACUACACCGGCACCCUCCCUUUCUACGCCAAGACGGCGACUCCUUGCAACAUUCGCUACAGCUACAUGGCAAGUUCUUUAGCUGGUUCAAAAUCAAAUCUAUACUCUCUAGUUCAGAUAGAUAUGCACUGUGAACUUAUAAAGUUCUGUGUCAUGAACGGCAUCGCGACGAACCGGCUGAUGAUACUCAAGGACUCGGGCGGGAGGUCGUGGCCCGUGAAGCUGACGCUGACGAGCGACCAGGCGCGCAUGAAGGCCGGGUGGGGCCACUUCUCCGGCCACCACGGGAUCAAGGUCGGGGACCUCUGUGUCUUCCACCUCGUCGACGAGCACACCUUCAACGUCAGCAUAAGGAGGGCCGAGUAAUAAUGAAGUGUUUUGGCUACUGGUGCUCUGUGUGGGAUGUGUCUUUUUUCCAUACUGUCUUGGAUUUGUCCCUUUAGGUUUGGUAAUAAUAAUAAUAAAGUGUCUCGGGUUCCAAACAGCACGCAUUUUAGAUGUAACCACAUACACUAGUGGAAACUCGCUGACAAACAGAGCAACAAAUGAAACCAUAUAAGGCAGGUGAAUGAAAUGGAACACAGUGAAUUCAUAUCAAUGAUCUCAGAUAUGUAGAAGUGCCAUUAGCAUGCAAAUAAACAAAAAGAACAAGAAUGUGACAUUGCUAUGUGCCAUACAGGACUAGUUUAUACUUCCAGGCACAUGAUUUCACCAUCUGAAGA